AUUGUUUGUCAGCUGACGAGUGAAAUUGUAUAUAUUUCUUUAAAAAUAUACUACCUUUUUAGUGGAGGUUCACUUAAUUUUGAAAUUGAAUUAUCCUUUACGACCGAUAGACAGCGCUCGUUGCGUCAUUCACGUUGCUUUACAUAGCAAAAGUUAAAGUUGCACGUGUGGACAUUUGUAUCUUUUCGUAUUUAUUAUUUAGGAUAGUAUCUCCUCAUGCACAGAUUGACUCUGCGGAUCCUCAGGCGGUUUUAUGAACCAAAGUUGCUGAGUAUUUCUACAAAAGUGAAGCCUAAUAUAGAUUUACUAUUUAUUAGACAUAAAGCACAAAUAGCAAUGUUAGACGAUGAAAAGUUUAGAAAUUUGGAUAUUCUUAUACAAGAGGAAAUUAAUUCGCUGUCUUGGUUGUAUACUGUAGCCCCUGCUUUUCCAGUGAAUGGUUCAAAAAUCACUAUAAUCGAUAAACCACAAGCAUUCUACACUACUCUGUUAGAAAAAUGCAAACAUGCCAAAAAGAGAAUCACAUUUGCUUCACUCUAUCUAGGUACUGGUACCUUGGAGACUGAAUUGGUGAAUGUGAUAAAGCAAGCAAUGGAUACGAAUGGUGACAACAUACAAGUGCGAAUCUUACUUGAUUACAUGAGGGGUUCCCGAGGCAAACAGAAUUCCCGGAAAAUGCUGGAGCCGUUGCUUAAGGGCAAAUAUGGAGAUCGUUGUAAAGUUUUCCUCUACCAUACGCCAAAAUUACGUGGCAUUAUGAAAGCAGCAAUCCCCGAUCGUUUCAACGAGCUUAUCGGUUUGCAACACAUGAAGUUGUAUAUAAUCGAUGAUGAUUUAAUUAUUACUGGGGCGAAUCUCAGCAAUGAUUACUUCACAAAUCGACAGGACCGAUACUUCGUUAUUGAAGAUUGUAAAGAUCUUUGCGAUUUCUAUGACAAAUUGACUGAAAAAGUAAUGGAAUUUAGCUUUUUAUUGCAAUCAGAUGGCAAUACGAGUUUAAAUUCUGCAAAUUAUCAUCCUUAUAAAGGAUCAAGAAAGAUUUUUACCCAGGAAGCAGCGUCUAGAAUACAGAUACUCUUACAGAAUGAAAUAGAAAAACGUGCUGACUUCAACAAAGAUGCAGAUACAUGGAUAUUUCCACUGGUGCAAAUGGGACAACUGAAUAUCUAUCACGACAGCGAAAUAACGUUGAAGUUAUUGCAAACCGCUCCAGCAGGAGCUACGCUCAAACUGGCAACCGGCUAUUUCAAUCUGACUUUCGAGUAUAGUCAAGCUGUACUUAGAGAUUGUCGAGCAACAUGUGACCUUUUAACAGCACAUCCCAGUGCCAAUGGCUUCUUUAAUGCCAAGGGAAUUGCCGGAGGGAUACCAGCGGCAUACACGAGACUAGAGGAAUCUUUUUAUAAUUUAUGCGAAAAAAUGAAGCAGCAAAGAAGAAUAACAUUAUGGGAGUUUGUCAAACCAGGAUGGACAUAUCAUGCCAAAGGUCUAUGGUACACUUUGCCAGGUCAGCAAAAACCCUCGUUGACUCUAAUAGGUUCGCCAAAUUUCGGUUAUAGAUCAGUGAACAGAGACCUCGAAACGCAGAUAGCCAUAAUGACAAAGAAUGAAAAAUUGCAAGAUGCACUACAUGAAGAGCAGGCACGACUGUUCUCCUGUGCUAAACCUGUUACGAGGAAGACCUUUUCGCAGCAAGACAGAAUACCACCAGCUUGGGUAUGCGCGAUAGUACUUUUCUUUCGAUACUAUUUUUGAUGCUGAAAUGCCUUUGCAAAAAGGCAAAUUUCUUUUAAACAUUAUUUAUUUUAAUUUUAAUUUUGUAACAUAUUGUAUAAGUACGAAUUCCGUGUUAAUAUUUAAUCGAUUUACGAAGAUAUAAAUCGUCCACAUGA